AUGGCGAAGCCUUCAAAGAAAGGAAAAGGGCCUCGAAGCUCCUCAAAAGGCCCAAAGCUCGACCAGAAUACUUUCGAAAACUUAACAUCGACCAUCGAUAAGAAGCUGGGAAAGAGAAAACAGCCUCCAACCAAGGCCGCGGGUGACCAACACCAGAAGAGACAGCGAAAUACCGACGACGCAGCUGGCGGCAAGAAGAGCGGCAAAAUCGACGAUAAGACUCUUUUGGAGGAAAUCAAGGCGCUUGGCGGCGAUGAGAGUGAUCUGGCGCUCAUCCAGGAUAUCGACUCGGAUGACGAGGAGUACACGAAAGGCUCCAAGGACUCCAAGGGUGUCGACAAGGGCUUGAAGGAUGAACUUGCCGCCUUUUCUAAGCAGCUUGGGUUCGCCGAGGUUGAAAUGAGCGAGGCAAGCGACCAGGAUGAAGAGGAGGGUGACGAUUCCGAGGAGGAGGAGGACGUUGAAGAGGAAGAUGAAGAUGAAGAGGAGGAGGAAGCUCCCAAGGAAACUGCACCAAAGAAGGGCAACAUGGCCUUCGAGCCCAGAGCAGACUGGCACAUGGCUGAGCUGCGCAAGUUGCCGGGACCAACUACUGACGAGCCCAACCCUCCCAGAGCCGCCCUCGAGGCUCUCAAGGAGCAUGCGCAAGCACUUCUAGAGGAGGAUGCUACCAAGUACAGAACCAGUGUCUUUGCGCAAUCUUCUCAUAAGUUCUUGUCUACAAUCAUGAGCUCCGGUACAUUGAGUGAUAAAGUGAGCGCCCUUACGCUUGCCGUUCAAGAGUCUCCAGUUCACAACAUCCGCGCUUUCGACGCCCUGAUGAGCUUGGCCUCCAAGAAGAGCCGAGGACAAGCACUGGGUGCCAUCGGCGCUCUUGUCGAUUUGCUCGGUCCUGGUUCAUUGCUUCCUUCCGAUCGCCGCCUUCGAACUUUCAACGACCAGCCAGGCCUUGUUGGUACUUUACAGCGAAAUCCUGGAAAGCCCUGGGCCCCUGGCAACGGCCUACCCGGAAAGAUCACACCCGCUCAUUUGAUCGCUUGGGCUUACGAGGAUUGGCUGAAGGCGACUUACUUCAAGCUCAUUCAGGUUCUUGAACAGUUGUGCUCGGACGAGAUUGAGUUUUCGCGUACUCGCGCUCUUGACUUUGUCUACGGUCUUCUCAAGGAGAAGCCUGAGCAAGAGUCUAACCUCCUUCGACUGCUGGUCAACAAGCUUGGUGACCGAGAUCGAAAGAUUUCUUCACGAGCAUCAUACUUGCUUCUCCAGAUGCAGAACUCGCAUCCUGGUAUGAAGCCAAUUAUUGUCCGAAUGAUCGAGCAGCAGAUUUUGCUGCACCCAUCUCAAGACCACCGAUCAAAAUACUACGCCAUCAACACUCUCAACCAGACCAUCCUUAGCAGCAAGGAACCCGCCGUGGCUGAGGCUCUCAUGCGAAUCUAUUUCGAUCUUUUCACCAUUAUCCUUAAGACUGGGUCUCUGGGCAUCAGUGCGCCCACUGACUCAAAAGCUGGCAAAGACGGCGAGAAGAAGAGCGACGAGAAGAAGAGCGACGAUCUGAGACAUCCUGAUAGACGACGACUUCAAAGGCCACGAGGAGGCAAGCCUGCAAAGCCUGCUGCUUCAGAGCCUGAAACUGAGGCUGCCGACAAGCUUGUGUCCGCCAUCCUGACUGGUGUUAACCGUGCAGCCCCCUUCAUGGUUGGCAAUGAUACUGUUAUGGAAUCUCAUCUUGACACCCUGUUCAAGAUUGCACACUCCGGCAACUUCAACACAGGCAUCCAGGCUCUUCUCCUAAUCCAGCAAAUAUCUACUUCGCGAAGUAUCGCAAACGACAGAUUCUACAGAACUCUAUAUGAGUCUCUGCUAGACCCCCGACUUGUCAACUCGUCCAAGCAGGCUCUUUACCUAAACCUUCUUUUGCGUGCGCUUAAGAAUGACGUUGAUAGCCGCCGAGUCAAGGCAUUUGCCAAGCGUAUGCUUCAGAUCACUGGCCUUCAUCAGCCUGCAUUCAUAUGUGGACUGCUCUACGUUGUCGGUCACUUGCGUGAAACUUUCCCUGACAUCUCAACACUCCUGGAAGAGCCCGAGGAGACGUUUGAUGAUGAUGCUGCCAAUGAGAAGCAGAAAUAUGACGGACGAAAACGAGAUCCCGAGUAUAGCAACGCCAACCGAAGUUGCUUGUGGGAAAUGAUUCCUCUCCAAGGCCACUACCAUCCUUCAGUUACAGUUUACGCAGCAGCCAUAUUAGAGCGAAACAAGAAGUCUCUGAAGCCAGAUCUGGACAGUCACUCCCUCAUUCGAUUCUUGGACAAGUUCGUUUACCGAAACGCCAAGUCUACCGACUCGUCCAAGGGUGUGUCUAUCAUGCAGCCUCUCCGAGCGACCAAGGAUUCUGGCGACAUCUGGCUGGGCAGCCGCGCAGCUGGAGGAGCCACAACAGCCGUCAACUCUUCUGCUUUCUGGAAGAAGAAGGCGGAGGAAGUUGCUGCGGAAGAUGUCUUCUUCCACGAGUACUUCCAGCAGAUUGACAAGGAAGGCAAGGAGACCAAGAAGAAGUCCAAGGCUGGCAUGGAUGUCGGAUCAGAUGAUGAGCAAGAAGACGAGGUUUGGAAGGCCCUUGUGUCGACCCAGCCUGGUGUUGAUCCCGAUGAUGAAGGCUCUGAUGUUGGCUUUGAUCUGGACGAUGAAGACAUGGCGUCAGAUGAUGAUGACUCGCCAGCGAUGUCCCUGGACGGCGAGCUGGACGAAGAUGACGACGAUAUGAGCGUGGAUAUUGAAGGAUCUGACGACGAGAUGGGCGGUGCCAUGAUUGAUGAGGAUGAAGAAGGCUUCGAAGUCAAGGAAGCAGCAAGCGAGAAGCCCAAGUCAAAGCGCAGACAGCUCAAGGACCUCCCCAUGUUCGCCUCGGUGGACGAUUAUGCGGAGCUCUUGGCGGGAGAGGACGACAUGUAG